AUGGACUCUAUCGAGACUAUCAGUGCCUCUAAUCAAAAAACACUAACACUUGAGCAACAGUUACCAUUAGAAAAGAGACAGAAUCAAUUCAAUAAAACUCAAAAAGUAACUUUGGCUCCUCAAAAGAGUGCACACAAAAGUACUAGAGAAGACAGCUUAUUUGAUGGCCAUCAAAAGGAGAACGAUGACAAAUUCACUUAUUACUACGGAUCUUACAACCACAAUGUUCACUACAAGCCCUACAUGGAGUUUGACAUAAAAGACAUGAGAAGGAUCGUCAACGAACAGGGAGAAUUUACUAACUACAUUACCAAGAAGUCCGAAUGGGAAAGAGUCACUGACUUCGUACUCAACUCUGACAAGACCAGAUUUGAGUUCUACCUCACUCUCAUGAACCUGGGGCUUAUUAAUAAAACUUCAGGAGCUAUGACCAAGAAAAAUCGGAAGAUGAGAACCUUCUUUAAUAAAUUUAAGCUGUCAUCUAAGAGCACAAUGUUUGACGACCCCACUAAAUUUAGCAAAGAGCAGAUGGAUCUUAUAAUUAACAAAGUGAAGAGUACUAGCCUUGAUAGCAAGAGAGAGAAAAAGGAAAAGAAAGAAAACCCUAAGCAGAAUUGCCUUAUGAGUCCUGAGCCUUCAAUGCUCACUAGGGUGACUAAAUAAAUCAAUUUCAUUCAAACAGUCCCAGACGAACUUUAGAUUCAAGAAUAGGUCUAUAGAUAAGAUAUUUAAGAAGGGGAUAACAAUGCAAGGGUCUCCCAAAGGAAAAUAGUAUCUCAAGCAUCUCUCCUAAAUAUUUCAAGCCAGAAGGAAUCACUAAUAAUGUUUCUGUACCUCCAAAGAUCAAGAUCUCAAACUCUGUGUUAGGAAAUAAGAAGCACAGCAUUUAUAGCCAAGAUCUUCAUGAUCAUUUGGGAGAUAAAAAGAAUUUCAGUGCUUUGACUAUGAGAAAACCAGCUAUUUUCCCUAGUACCUCCACCAAUCAAGAUUUCAAGAUAAGACUGAGCAAAGCUGAAAGUCACAAAAAUCCAAGCUACUUCAUGAAUAAGCGGAGAUCAGCUCACACAAGUUUAAAAUUUCGAAAGCCUUUACAAAAUAGACCUAAUAGAUUAAGCAUUCCCAAAAUUGCUGAGACUUCAAAAGGACUAGUAAGAACGACUGCAACACCUUGCUUAUCAACUUCUCCAAAGAGGAUGUUUAAGCAGACCCAGAAGCCAAGCCAGAGCUUUAUACUAUGCUCAUCUCCAUUAGGUAGCACUAAGACUGGAAGUUUCAAAAAUAUCCAAGAAGAGAAAUCACAAAAUGCUUCAAUCGAGAAAAUAAACCCAAACAAAGAAAUAAAAUGGGCUUUCAAAAAGAAUAGCAUUCCUUUAGAUACUAACUUAGCAGUGCAAUUAUACAAACAGAGAUUUCAGAAAUACCACAAAGAACCCAGGAGAGAGAAAGCAAAGAAGAACUUCAUAAUAGCUAAGGCUAAGCAAUUUAUAUAAAAUUCCCUCAUAACACCUAAAACUCCAACCCUGGCUCUAAAACUCUUCCUGCACCCACCUU